ACCUGCCGGCCAUUCUGUAAAGCCUUUCUUCUCAAGUUUGCGUGCCCAAGCAGCCCACACCUCGUCUUCCUCUCCCAGAGCACCCUGACGGGCGGGAGCCACCUCUGUGGGACCCGGCUCUGCCAUGAAAUCGCUCACGCCUGGUUUGGCCUGGCCAUCGGGGCCCGCGACUGGACGGAGGAGUGGCUGAGCGAAGGGUUUGCCACUCACUUGGAAGAUGUAUUCUGGGCCAAAGCACAGCAGCUGGCCCCCCACGAGGCCCAGGAACAGCAGGAGCUGCGGGCAAGCCUGCGCUGGCGGCGCCUCCAGGACGAGUUGCGGAACUCCCCGGAGCAGCUGCAGGUGCUGAGACCCAAUAAAGAGAAAACUGGCCAUGUGAGUGACUCAGGAUCAUCUGUCAUCAAGCAUGGGCUCAAUCCAGAGAAGGUCUUCAUGCAGGUUCAUUAUUUAAAGGGUUAUUUUCUUCUCCGGUUCCUUGCCAGAAGACUUGGAGAUGACACCUAUUUUUCCUUUUUAAGAAAAUUUGUGCACACAUUUCAUGGGCAGCUGAUUCUUUCCCAGGAUUUCCUUCAAAUGCUGUUGGAGAACAUCCCAGAAGAAAAAAGGCUGGGUUUGUCUGUGGAAAGCAUCUUCCGAGACUGGCUGGAGUGCCCGGGUCUACCACAGCCUCUGCAGACGGAGCGCCAGGCCGGGGCGGAGUGCGGGCUCGCGCGGCAAGUGGGCGCAGAGGUCGCGAAAUGGAAUCGAGUAAACCGGAGACCCCGAAAACGGAAACGAAGAGGGACGGAAGAAGUGUUUGAAAAGCUCCUGCCAGACCAGCUGGUCUUACUUCUGGAGCGUCUGUUGGAGCAGAAGACCCUGAACCCCAGAACUCUGCGAAGCCUCGAAAGGACAUACUGCCUCUCCCAGCAGGAUGCAGAGGUUCGCCAUCGGUGGUGUGAGCUCAUUGUGAAGCACAAAUACACAACAGCGUACAGAACCGUGGAGGAGUUCCUGCAGGAGGACCAGGUGGCGUGGUGGUGGUGCCUGCCCGUGGCUGCGUGUGGCGUGGUGGUCUGCGCGGCCCAGCAGUGCCGAGGGCCGCCUGUCCUGGGAAGGAGCCGAUGUCUCGUGACACGCACACAGCACCUCGGUGCUGCCGUUAGCUGCGCCGAGACCCCCUCUCCUCCAGAGCAUUCCUGGCACGGCCAUCGCUAGAGAAGCGCUCACUUU